AAAACCUUUUUCGCAGGAGAAAAAUGAGCUCCUUAAACCCUAAAAAGCAAUGGCGCUUCACAUUCGAAACCCUGGCUCACAUCCCAACCCUCCGCCUCUAUCUCUUCAACCCUAACGUCAAUCCAUCAACCCAAUGCCUCAGCCUCGAUUCCGAUCUCCAGCUGUCCCGAUCGCUUCUCGUCGUCUCUUGGAUCGAUUCGGAGAAACCUGAGGGGGUUUCGGUUAGGGUUCCGAUUCCUAGGGUUUUGAUCGAUCCCGAGUCGGGUUCUGAGGUCAGGGUUAGGGAUGAUUGUAUUGAGAUUAAGAUGCGGCUGGUUCUUCCGGUGGAUCAUCCGGUUGCGUUGAGUGUGAGAGGGGCGCUCGGUGGUGAUGUGGAUUUGGAGAGGGUUCGCCCACUGGAGCUGGAUUCUGGAUUGACGAAUCUAUCCUCUGGAGAUGUACAUUUAUUCUGCAAAAUCUGCUCAACUAGACUAACAAAAGAACCUCUCAGACGUUUCAUGGAGAUGCCAUCAGUGAACUGGAGAGAGGUGGCUGACAAUUGGUUUGGGGCAUGCUGCUGUUCAUUUGGCGGUAUAAGCGAGAAAUUGGUCCUGCAAUACAUCAAAACUUAUGAUUGUGCAGAAGGAACAUGUCUGCUAGAUUAUGCUUCAGUUAUCAUCUGCAAGGAUGACCUUGAGGGAUACACAUUUCAGAAGUGCUCGGAUGAACUGAUAGACAACAGUUAUAAAUUUGACACAGAGCCUAAUGAUUAUGCAAAGGAUGUGGAAGAAGGAUGCAGGAAUAAGAGUGAAGACCUUCCUUGUGUCUGUGCAACAUCGACUUGUGUUGAUAACGAGGUGGGUGAAAAGACGCUCGAUCUUGAAUCAGCAUCAUGUAAACGUGAAAAACAUACUUAUCCUUUGGCUUCCCGAAUGACUUUAUCCCCAGAUUGCAAUGGAUUUGUUCGAGAACAGGACUCAUUGUUGAUGGAAAAUUCUUCUCUGCCUCAACAAAGCUUGAAUGGUACACAGAGCACGGUCAUUGCAGAUUCGUUGAGGUACAACAAUGACAAUGUUCCUAAAAACCUUGAGAAGCUUAUUCUACAGUCUGCAGAUGAAUUAUCUUCAACAGGCCAUUGUCAUUGUUGUACUGAUGAAGCCAAAUGUGACACCGAUUUAUUUACAAAUGCUAACGCCCAGAAGUUGUCAAAAGAGUCCGGGCCUGAGAAAAUUCAGAAAUGGUUGCAUGACUGUUCUCUUGGAAGUGGAUUUAUGAAUAGAAUCCCAAACCUUUCAGAUGACAUCAAGUGGGUUGAGUUUUUAUGUAGAAACUGCUCAUCUAUAGUGGGGGCAUAUCCAUCUUACAAAAAUAGAAAUGUACCAGUGGACGGUGGAAUUAGACUAUUUAAGUGCUACCUGUCCACUAGCACUCCUGUUGGUGGAGCUCAUGACGUAUUCAGGAAGUACACAUUGGAAAGAAUCUUUGUUGCUUUGUUGCUUGAAGGCGCAAAAGACGAGCUUUCGCACAGGGUAGUAUUGAGGGAUUUGAGGACUAAGUUACCAAUGUUGCAAAUAGUCCUCUUAAAUUCUGAAUCCUGGUGUUCUAUUGGUUAUUGCCGCGAAAAUGAAACAAUGAUACCACUGCCAGAAGUAGACCUGCAACCUGUAGUGAAGGUGCUGUUUUCAGACUGUAGUACUGCCACAGAAGCCUCUUCAAGGAUAAUCAAGGAUUGGUCGUCAAGAACUCACACGGAGGAUGUCUACAUGAUGACAUUUCAAAUAGAAGAGCUGACAAAAUGCUUGAAAUCAGCAGCAAACAGACUGCCCUCUUCAUGUUCGCAUUUGCAAGGGAUGUCUUUAUCAUCCUUGGAAAGGUAGCUCGAACACAAUUCUGCCAAACUGUAGAAGCCAACAACUCUUUUUGCUGCUCCUUGAAACUCCCGACCUAUUUUGCGGCAAGAUUGAUCGCAGUGAUAUAUGCUCUUGCAGCCGAUGGCACUUUUUGAUAUUAAAAGGCCAUACUCAGCAGAAUCCAAAAUCCUAGUACACAACGAGAGCUGAAGCGAGAUACAUUGAGCAAGAAAUGUGGUUAUUGGAGCUUGUUAAGGGAUAAAUCGGUUCUUCGAACUUACU